GGCGGGACUUAUUAAAUACAAGCAAAUCGUUCCGUUUGCUCUCAGAUUCUGUGCGGAAUGAGUUAUCAAUACGGGCAGGGAUAUCCAGGUGGAAACCCCCAGCACCACCCUCCUCCGGGUGCACCCUAUGGAGGUGGUCCUGCUGGUGGACAGUACGGUGGUCAAGGUUAUAGAGGUGCCCCUCAAGGAUCACAGUAUGGCGGAGGACCUGUACCUGGAGGUCCAUACGGCUCUUAUGGAGGUGCCCCCGGAGCACCAUACGGUGGGCAGGCUCCUGGUGGCCCUUACGGAGGUUAUGGGCAGCCUCAAGGAGGACAUUAUGGUCAACAGCCUCCCGCAGGUAACAUUCCUCCCGGUGUGAACCCUGAGGCUUACCAGUGGUUCUGUACUGUGGACACGGAUCGUAGCGGCUACAUUAACCUAAAAGAGCUGAAAGUAGCCCUCAUCAAUUCAAACAACACCUCUUUCAAUGAUGAAACAUGCAUUAUGAUGCUCAAUAUGUUUGACAAGACCAGAACCGGACGUGUGGACAUAAUGGGUUUUUCAGCAAUGUGGACAUUUCUGCAGCAGUGGAGGGCAAUGUUCCAACAGUUCGACCGGGACCGAUCCGGUUCAAUUAGCAGCAAUGAGAUGCAUCAGGCAUUAUCUCAGAUGGGCUACAAUUUGAGUCCUCAGUUCAUUCAGGGACUGGUGAAUCGUUUUAGCGUACGUAGUGUGAAUGGAAUCCAGCUUGACCGCUUUAUUCAGGUGUGCACCCAGCUUCAAACCAUUACACAAGUUUUCCGUGAAAAAGACACCGGUAUGACGGGAAACGUGCGGAUGAAUUACGAAGAUUUCCUGUCUGGUGCCGUUACUAGACUGAUGUAAUGUAUACUGCAUACAAGUUUCAGACCUGUUUUGGCUAAUGGUUAUAGACACCUUUGGUUUGUUGAUGAAAACACGUGGCACGAUACUUUCGCCUCUUGACACCCUUUACAGUGCCUUUCACUGCAGGUUACCUUUAUUUUACCAUAUUGUGCUACAAAGCCACUAUGUUUCAAGUAUUGUCGACAAGCCAAAUAUAGAACUCCCUGUGACAUACUACCUGUAAUAUGCUUUGCCUAUCUGCUUAUAAAUAUAGUUUUAAAGACUACAUUAAUGCCAAACAUGCCUAUUGUACAUGUGAAUGAGUUGCCAUUAACUAUACAAGGAGUGCUGUUUACAAGUUCAUGAGAUUAUGUGAUGGAAAUUUGGGUAUUCAUUAUUUCAAAUCUUAAUACAACUAUUUCAGGUGGUUUAAUCAGGAAUGUUGAAGUUGAACUUUUUAAAUAUUUGCAUAUAAAUAAAUUUUAUUCACAAUGCUGUGGCUAUAUGGUCAAGUUUAUUUAAGCUCACUUUAACACCCCAAUGUAACAUCACCAGAAAUAGAGUAUAUGUAACUUUUGAUUUUUAUGUAUUUAUCUAUUUUGUAUGUUUUCAUUUAAACUUUUUGUUCUAUUUUAAAAUAAAAAUUUUCAUUGUACAAUUA